UCGCUGUGUGUGCGGCUGUGUGUCUUAUAUUGAGCAGAAGUUGGAAUUUAUCAGCUUUUCCCCGCAGAUAUUUUCGGUUUCUUGUCGAUCUGCCGUCAUGUUUUACUACCCCGCAGCUUUAACGCGCCACUCGGGAUGUUUUUCUACCAUCUGGCUUGUUGCUACAAAAGGCAUCAAAGUUCCUCGAAGGGAUUUCCUGAAAGUGGACGUGGGAAACACCUGCGAUGACAUCCUGAACUACGUGCUGGAGCGCGUCCCUGCGCCCCGGCCGGGCCUGCCGCGGCCGCGCUUCUCCCUCUACCUGUCCUGCCAGCUCCAGUAUGGCGUGGUGUUGGUGUUCCACCGGCAGUGCGAGAUCCUCCUGGAGGAGAUUCAGUUCAUCGUGGGCAAGCUGAUGAAGACAAGGACCUCGCAGAGCAUCGAUAUGGACGACAGCAGACAGCCUGUGGUCCUGCCCAGCGCCCUGGACCUGCUGGAGGAGGCCGAGGGAGCGCCGGACCCUCUGUUUGGAGUCAUGUGCCUGCAGGACGCCGCGCUGAGCCCCAGCGCGCUGAUCCAGAUGAGCUGGGAGUAUCUGAGGGGUUUUUCUCCUGAACGUCCCGAAGUGAGGACGCCACCUGCUGCCGCCGCCGCCGCCGCCACAGCCGUCUCCGUCGCUGCUGCUGAGACUGGCAUCACCGCGUCCCAGGAGAGCAUCACGAUGCAGGAGGCGGAGCCCCUCGCCUUCCCUGCUCCGGAGUUUGAGGGCGAGGAUCUCGACUACCAGCCGGAGAUGCUCGACUUCCUCCUGGAAGAAAGUGGUCGGGGCGCGCGGGGGGAAGGAGAAAGAGAACGUGCUCCUGUCUGCGUCAGACUCCACCCCACCGUAUCCACAGAGGAGGCUUCUCUGAUUCCCCCGGAGGAGCUCGACGCACCUCCAGAGGAGUCCAGGCCGUCCGCCGGCUUGCCGACCUCCCCCGUUCCUCAGCCCGGCCGCCGCUCCCCUCCCCCGGCCGCGGCGCGCCGGAAGACGCGUCCCAGGAGCGUGAAGCUGGAGGAUCUGUCGCCUCAGCGGGAAAAGACCAGGAAGAGGAGGAAGCAGCUGACCUUCUUUGACCCGGAGACGCAGCUCUCCGAGGAGGCGAUGAGGCAGCAGAUCAACAACCUGCUCACCGAGACCAGACGCCCCGCUUUUCCUUCCUCCGCCCUGAUCCGGCCCGCUGUGCUCCUCAGCUCGCCCUGCUGCAGCUUCCUGCCUGAAGAUAUUGAGUUUCUAUGGCAACAGGCUGCCACCAUCACGCCCCUGUCAGACUCGGACCUGCAGGCCGGGGAGCGAGGGCCCGAGUCCACCGACUCAGAGAGGGAGCGGGAGCGAGAGAGGGAGGCGGAGGCGGCCCUGAGACAAGCUUCAGAGACAUGGGAUAUCUCAGCCCCGGGUACUCUGUCCCUGGAGGGUUCGGACCAGCCGGAGGGCUCUCAGGAACUCUCCCCGGUGCACUCAGCUGAGAGAGGGGGGCUGCUGCCGGACCUGCCGGACCUGCCGGAGCUGCCGGGGCACGAGGAGGAGGCCGAGGCCCCCCAGUCGUUUCACUCCUUCCUGCCGCCCGAUGCGGACCGCAGGACCGUCAGCCGCGGUUUCCACAGCCUGCUGGGGGCUCUAUCGCGGAGGGAGGUGCGAGCCGCGCAGAGUGAGCCGUAUGGUGACAUCUGGAUCUCACCGGGAUCAAACUACGCCGCGGUGCACCUGUUCUAGUGCCGCGUCCCCAAACAGCCUCCUGCUCUCAGUUC